CGUGCAAUUCCCCCAAGCCCCAAGACUCAGACAGAGUCUGACAGCAGAAUAAUACAACUUUGGUAUUCAAUUCAUCUCCCCAAAGCCGCCAGCAGUAGUAGUAGACAGCUUUGGUCUUUGGAGCAAAGCUGCUGCUGCUGUUUUGUUUGUGUUAUACCUUACCUAUACCUUUCCGUCUUUCAGAGCUGCCUGAUCAUCGUCAACAGUUAUAUUCGUCGUUGUUCGGUGCGCGGUCUUAGCUCUCAACUUUUAUCAACCAAAAUCAAAACCUUUAGCUAUAAACACAUUCGUACCACUCUGUCGAGCAGUCGCAUUUUAGUCUUUGAUUGAGUUUUGUUUUUGUUGGUUCGUCGAGUUCGUCUUUGCAUAUAUAUAUUUUUUUUUUUUUGAUAUUUAUUUUGUGUUAGUUCGUAUUUCACACGUCUUUAAGCUACGAAAGUAAAAGUUGUUCUCAUAAAAAAACCAAAAAAAAAAAAUUUGGCCUAAAAAACUGUUAUAAAUGGUGUAAUUAGUGGCUUUUAAGAACUAAGCGGUUAUUAUUUUGUAUUUUCACUUUUUUUUUUCUCUCGCCCGAUACAAAUAUGUCACAUUCACAAUCCAACGGGAAUAUAUCGCCCCCAAUUGAAAAAAUCCCAGUUCCCGCUAUAGUCACAACCUGGGACGCCAUUGUCGAUUUUCUAACCUUCAUUGUCACUUCUAUCGGAUUCAUUCUAAAGGACAUCUACUAUCUUACCUUUGGUUACCCUGAAAAGGACCUAAAUGGUGACAUAGCUUUAAUCACCGGUGGAGGAAGUGGCUUGGGCCGACUUUUGGCACAACUUCUAUGCAAAAUGGGUACCAAAAUCGUCAUCUGGGAUAUCAAUGAAGAAGGUAUCAAUGAAACUGUUAGCAUUGUCAAAGCCCUCGGCGGCUACUGCAAAGGCUACGUUGUAGACAUCUCCAAACGAGAACAGGUGUACAAAGCCGCCGAUGUUGUACGUCACGAAGUCGGUGAUGUAACAUUGUUGAUCAACAAUGCUGGUGUUGUAUCCGGCACUCUCCUGCUAGACACACCCGACCACUUAAUCGAACGUUCAUUCAACGUCAAUACGCUGGCACACUUUUGGACGACCAAAGCAUUCCUGCCAAAAAUGAUUGAGAAAGAUCAUGGCCAUAUUGUGUCGAUUGCCUCAUUGGCCGGUCAUGUGGGCAUAACAAAACUUGUCGAUUAUUGUGCGAGUAAAUUUGCUGUGGUCGGAUUCGAUGAGGCUUUGCGUCUUGAAUUGGAUGUCCUUGGGCAUAAAAACAUCGAAACUACAUGCAUUUGUCCGUUUUUCAUACAAGCAACAGGAAUGUUCGAUGAUGUCAACGCCCGAUGGGUGCCAACUCUGAAUCCAAAUGAUGUUGCUGAUCGUGUGAUCAAGGCAAUCAAAACCAAGCAAAAGAUUGCCAUUAUUCCAGGUUAUAUCAAGAUAUUGUUGUCAUUGAAAUGGACUUUUCCGUGGGGAUGUAAUGCUGGUUUGUUGCGUCGUCUUGUACCGGAUGCUUCUCCACAUGGACCACCACAAGCUGUUGCUACUGCUGCUGUUGCACAAUCUGUUGUUGUUGGAAAAAAUGACAUGAAGACGAAUAAUAAUGUUUUUACGGAUUUGGGUGAAACUUUGCCAAAAACAGCUUCGAUAUUAAUUCAAAGAACUUCGUCGUUAGGUGAACGAGUUCUAUAAAAACAAAAAAAUCUAAAUUUGUUUAGCAUACAAGUUAUUUUUUUUUUUCUAAUUAGAAAGGUGUAUAUUGGUGAUUUUUUUUUUAUUAUUUUUAGUGUGAAUACACAUAAAAUCCUCGAAAACUGAUUAAAGAGGAAUAAAAAAAAAAAUUGCAUUAGAGUCUAAAAUUCUAGUUUAGAGAAGUUUUUUUUUUUUAUCCGGGGCUCAAAUUAACUUGGAAUAUUUAUUUAAAACCACAAAAAACUUAUCUCAUAUUUUUUUGUGUGACAUAACUUUAAGUUAAAAAUUAAAAAAAAAACCCAAAAAUUAAAGAUAAUUUGUAAAAUUUUGUCAGAAAAUUAUACAAAAUUUGAAGCGGAAAACAUUAGUGAACAAAAAAUUAAAAAAAAAAAAAAAACAUGAGAAACCUAAAAAAAGGCAUCAGUAGAAUAACCAAUUUUAUUUUGAUG